AUGGAGUCUCUUACUGGUGCUACGCCAAAGGUGGACUGGGAAAGUGGUGACCUGCCGGGAACAUGGAAAAAAUUCAAAGCACACACGGAAUUUAUGUUCAAUGGACCACUGAAAGAUAAAACAGAGGAAGAAAAAUGCAGUUACCUCAUGAUCUGGGUUGGCGAAAAAGGUAGGGAUAUCUACAGCACUUGGCACAUUACUAAUGAGGAACGAAAGAAAUUAGAAACGUACUACACAAAAUUCCAGGCCUACUUUCAACCGAAAAGUAACAAAAUAUUCUCACGCUACAAAUUCAACUGUAGGACACAGCAAGAAAAUGAAACAUGUGAGGAAUUCUUAACAGCAUUGAAAGUUCUAGUUAAGGACUGUGGUUACGCUAAUUCAGAAGAAAUGCUGAGAGAUAGGAUAGUGUUCGGAGUGCGUUCAGCGAAAAUUAGAGAAAAACUGAUUACUACCGGAAGUGAUUUGUCAUUAAAUCAAGCAAUAGACAUAGCGAAUUUAUAUGAACUCUCUAGAGCUCAACUGAAAACUAUGAGUGAGGACAGUAAAGGCGACCUCGUAGGAAACGAAGUGAACCGUAUCACAACAAACUACAAAGGAAAGCAGUCAGAUUUUCCGAAAUGCAGACAGUGUGGAAAUAGGAAACACGAAGCCGGAGAAAGGUGUGUCGCAAUUGGGAAAACAUGUUCUAGUUGUGGUAAGAGAAACCAUUUUGCGCGAGUAUGUGAAUCUAGUGUGAAAACAAAGCGAAGUGAACCAGGUGCUUUCAGAGGAAAUUCGCGUGGGAAAUAUUAUGGAAAGCAAUCAAGGAGACAAAAGAAUCGUCCAGUGAAUAUGAUUCAAGAAACUGAUUCUGAUGACAAUGACUUAGAUGAUGGAAAUUAUUUUUUCAUGGGAAUGAUUGAUGCUGAUAUCAACACGAUAGAAAAUUGGACUACGUCAUUGAGAGUAGGAGACACAGAUGUACAGUUUCUCAUGGACACAGGUGCAAAGUGUAACGUGAUUACCAGAGACACUUAUCGAAGGCUUAAAAUCACAACAGCACUGGAGAAAGCGGAGGCGUUACUGAAAUCAUAUUCAGGACACAAAAUCACAGCUGAUGGUAUGCUCACCAUUCCACUGAAAUGCAAUGGUCAAACUCAUUCUAUGAAAUUCUACAUAGUCGACAGAAAUGCGCCAAACAUCUUGGGAGCAGAUGCUUGUCACAAACUGGACUUGGUGAGACCGAUGAACGCUAUUUCGUCGAAAACUGAAAUCGUCAAGGACAACCUUCAGACCACAGGAAGUGACAUUUUGAGUGAACCUCAAUAUGCAGAACUAUUUGAAGGAUUGGGAUGCCUACCCGGGAAGUAUUCCAUUAAGUUAGAUCCAUCGGUUACGCCUACUAUACACCCACCUCGCAAGGUACCGAUUUCGCUGAAGGACAAAGUGUACGAAGAACUCCAGAGAAUGGAAGAACUGGGAGUUAUCGAACGUCAAACAGAACCUACACCAUGGGUAAACAGCAUGACAGUUGUGAACAAAGGAUCCAAAAUUCGAAUCUGUAUUGACCCUCGAGAUCUAAACAAUGCCAUACAGCGUGAACACUUCCCGUUGAAAACCGUUGAGGAUGUGAUCGAGAACAUGUCUCAAGCAAAGUACUUCACAAAGCUGGAUGCCGUAAGUGGUUUUUGGCAAAUCCAACUAGAUGAGCAAAGUUCCAGACUUUGUACAUUCAACUCACCAUUUGGACGUUUCCGAUUUAAGCGGAUGCCCUUUGGUAUUAAGUCAGCGUCCGAGGUAUUCCAGAAAAUCAUGUCACAAAUGCUGGAAGAUAUUUCCGGUGCGGAAGUCAUCAUUGAUGAUAUUUUAGUAUGGGGAUCUUCGAUUGAAGAGCACGAUCAGCGUUUACGCAGAGUGUUGCAACGCGCUAAAGAGUACAACCUGAAACUCAGCAAACAAAAGUGUGAGGUACGAAAAACUGAAGUGAAGUAUGUAGGACAAGUACUCACCCAGAAAGGAGUAAAACCGGAUCCAGAAAAAGUCCGUGCCAUCUCCAUGAUGCAGAAACCAGAAAAUCGACAGGAACUAUUAACAUUCUUAGGACUUGUUCAGUACCUUGGAAAAUUUCUUCCGAGACUAUCAGAUGUCAGUGCUCCACUACGGAAGUUGACUGAAACAGCAGCAGGAUCUGAAUGGAACUGGAACAAGGAACAGGAAGUCAGUUUCAAAACCAUUAAGGCAAUGAUUAUAGAAGCUCCAGUUUUGGCAUACUAUGACCCAAAACAAACUCUAUCGUUUCCAACUCCACCGCAAGAACUGAACAAAACGCGAUCGGGACGUACUAUCAAAGCUCCUGGCAAAUACGCAGACUAUGUUAUGCAGACAGUUUAA